AUUUUGAAUGUUUCUCAUUAGAAUAAUUCCUUAUAGGGUCCAACCUUUUGAAGUUGAAACUCUCUUUGUAUGAAAACAACAUUGACCCUACAAGUCAAUAGUAACAAAAACCUCAUAAACACAUGACACGUUAAAAUAUAUUAUUUUACGUGUUUCUUUUGUGUUUUUUUUGUCUCUAUAUAUAUACAUACUAUAGACUAUUUCUAUAUAUAAAUACAUGAACAUACCCACUUGCAAAAUCCAUUAAUAUUUUCAACCAAAGAUUCAAACUUGAUCAACAGAAAAAAGUAUCCUAAAAACAAAAAUACCUUCAUUUAAAACUUGAUCAAUAACAAAAAUAGCUUCUUUUUGGUUUCUUUGAUAAUAUUGUUUUUUGUUUCUGUUUCCUUAGAAAUCAAGGACACAGUAGUACGAUCCUAUAGAACAGAUCCUGUUCAAGUAAGGUCGUUAUCUUUGAUAAUUAAGGUUGUUAAAUUAUCUUAGAAAAGCUUUUAAGAUGGUGUUAGGUUGGGGAAGAAGGAAGAACAAGAAAAACAACAAAGGUGGAAAACCAAACAUGGAGGUAGUGGUUCCAAAUCAAUUUAGGUGUCCUAUUACACUUGAAUUGAUGAAAGAUCCUGUGACAUUGUCAACAGGAAUAACCUAUGAUAGAGAGAGUGUUGAAAGAUGGUUCAAUGAAGGAAACUAUACAUGUCCUCUCACAAAUCAAGUUGUGAGAAACUUUGACAUGAUUCCAAAUCAUUCUCUUAGGAUAAUGAUUCAAGAUUGGUGUGUUGAAAAUAGACAAAAUGGUGUUGAGAGGAUUCCUACUCCAAGAAUACCGAUUAGUCCACUCGAUGUUUCUGAGCUUCUUUUUCGAGUUAAGGAAUCAGCAAAAGGUUUGGAUCAAUAUGGUUGUAUUGGAUUGGUUCAAAAAAUGGAGAAAUGGAGUAAUGAAAGUGAGAGGAACAAAAAAUGCAUAGUUGAAAAUGGAGCAACUAGUGCAUUAGCUUUAGCAUUUGAUGCUUUUGCUAAUGAUUCUAUUGAGAAAAAUGAUAUUGUUCUUGAAGUGAUUUUAUCAGCACUUAAUUGGAUGUUUCCACUUCAAUUAGAAGCUCAAAAAUCUUUAGGUUCAAAAGCUUCUUUACAUUGCAUGAUUUGGUUUUUGAAGCAUCAAGAUGUUAAGGGAAAAGAAAAAGCUAUUAUUGCAUUGAAAGAGAUUCUUUCUUUUGGUGAUGAGAAACAAGUAGAAGCACUUAUGGAAAUUGAAGGAGUUAAUGAGCUUUUAAUUGAGUUCAUUAACAAGAGAAUUAGUCCAAUAAUUACAAAAUCUUCAUUGAGGAUAAUUUGGUACUUAGUUUCAUCCAAUUCAAAUUUCAAUGAAAAAAUGAAAUUCUCAUUUGUUGAAUUGGGUUUGGUUUCUUCAAUUUUACACAUUCUUAUUGACUCUGAAAAAAGCAUUUGUGAGAAGGCUUUAACUAUUUUGGAUUCUCUAUUAAGCUGUGACUUUACAAGAGAAACAGCUUAUGAAAAUGACUUAACAAUUCCAUUGUUGGUCAAAAAAAUCUUGAGAGUUUCACCUUUGACUACAGAAUAUUCUGUUUCUUCUAUAUGGAAGAUGUGCAAAUAUGGUAACAAAAAUUAUGAAGAAAAAGCUUUAAUUGAAGCACUUCAAGUUGGUGCUUUUCAAAAGCUAUUAUUGGUAUUGCAAGUUGGUUUUAAUGAUGAGACCAAAGAUAAAGCAACUGAACUUCUCAAAUUGAUGAAUCCUUAUAGGGCUGAAUUGGAAGAUUGUAUUGAUUCAGAUUUCAAGAAUCUCAAGAGAUCAUAUUAAGUUUGUUAUUUCUUUUUGUUUUAUAGUUAGAUGAAUACUGAAUAGUAUUAUUGUGUUUAUGUAUACAUAUUUUUUUGGUCUAACAAAUGGAUUAAUGUGAUUUGUGUCAUGAGGUUCAAGGAAUCUGUUUAUGAACAUAUAGAAUUUGUAAUCUUUUUUAUAAAUCAAUAAGAGUGACAUGAUCUUUUGAUAUCUAUUGGUAUCUAUGAAAUAUUUGUGCA